AUGACUGAUAAAUUGUUCAUUGUAUCAACGACUUUCAACAAGUCUGCGACUCGAUUUUUUGGUGUUUCCACAUGGGAAGAUAAAAAGUAUAAAUUUGGUCCAUUUACGACGAUAAUGAUUAAACUUAACAUGUCAAGACUAACACCGAUAUUUGAGGUUUGUGUCGAUUCUGUGAUAUCCGCUAUUAAUGCAGAAAAAGGAGGGGCAUCACGUGUUGAGUUAUGUGAUAAUUUGGCGGAAGGCGGGACUACACCAAGUUCAGGCGGGGAUUUCUGCUAUAAUGAAGAAGAAAUAGAAGUAAUGUGUUUGGAUAUUCAACAUGCAAAAAAUCUUGGAGCACAUGGAGUCGUUCUUGGAAUUUUAAUGCCUGAUGGUUGCGUAGAUGUUGAAAGAGUUACCAAGUUAGUUGAGAUUGCGAGUCCUAUGGAAGUAACUUUUCAUAGAGCAUUUGAUAUGACAAAUGAUCCAUUCAAAGCUCUUAAUGAUAUCAUCAAGAUUGGUAGCAUACAACGAAUUCUUACCAGCGGUUGUGAUAGUACGGUACUAGAAGGUUUAGAGACUAUUGUAGAAUUAGUAAAACAUGCACAAGACCGAAUCAUUAUUAUGCCUGGUGGAGGAAUACGCGAAUCAAAUUUAUCAAGAAUCUUUGCAGCAACCUAUUUACAAGAAAUACACGUAUCAGCUAGUACUACAAUGUCUUCCACUAUGAUACACAAAACUUCAAAUAUUCACAUGGGUAAAGCUUUUUAUAACAGUGAAUAUUUGAUAAAUGCUGUAAGUGAGGAUAGAUUACUGAAGAUGAUUGAUAUUGCUAGUAGGUUUACUAG